AUGUCGUCGAGUCCCCCAAUCAACCUUCCCGCCUGGCAAGUGACCAUCGGCAUCUUUUUGUCGGUCACAUUCCUCAUUCUGAUUGAAAAACUGUUUGGCAUUCAUGUCAACAUCCGAUUCAAUAAAGGCACUGCGAUGGCCACCUUCCCUGGCUGGGCGCAAAUCCUUGGACCGGGUGAAACCCAAGUCGCUCUCCUUCAUCGUUGGAUCGACGCACACCGAAACCCAGCUGCCAUUCAACAAACUCCAUCAGCUCCGACAUGCCAGUCCACCCUGACACCCCACACAACUCAGACUGCAGCUCAAAACUCGACGCAAAACACCGCCCAGCACAUCGGGUACACCGGUACUUUCAAGUCGAAGCAGCUGAUGGUGGAUGCAUGA